AUGCUUGGUCUUCUUGGUCUUGGAACAGGACAAGUCUCAUCGGCCACAACCACAACAACCACAACACCUUUCUUUGGUCUAUUCAAGGUCUUCUCCGUCGAGCCUGUCCGCUUCACCUACCAGGCACUCUAUCAGUCCUUCGCUAAGGGUCUCUUCCGUCCGCUACCUCUCGUCCUCAUCGCUGUCGUCGCCUUUAUCCUCUUCGAUUUCGACUUUGAAGUGAUCUGGGACGACGACGACGACGACUUCGGAGACGACAACAACCAACGGUGGGAAGAUCCUGCGGACUUUGACCGGCUCAACGUUUAA